AUGAAAUUGUUAGUCGUUUUUUGGGACUUCGUUCAAUUACACGACAAAACCAACUUUGAAGAUAAAGGAGCAACUGCACAAAAUUUAUUUGAUACAUGUAUUAAAACAUUUAUUCAACAUACCAUACCACUUGGAAAUAUAAUUGGAUUUGGUUCGGAUGGUUGUAAUACUAUGUUCGGAGCUCAUUACUCUGUGUCACAAAAAAUUAAAUUAAAUUUUCCCGGUGUAUAUUUAAUGAAAUGUGUAUGUCAUAGUUUACAWCUUGCAUGUAGUGAAGCCUGCAAAAAGUUACCUACAAUAUGUGAAGACUUGGUUCGUCAAAUCUAUAACUUUUUCAGUCAUAGCUCAAAACGGCAAAGCCAAUUAUAUCAAUUUCAGCCAUUUCUUGACUUACAAGACCAUAAAAUAUUGCAUCCUUCAGCUACAAGAUGGUUAUCAUUAUUAUCCGUAGUUAUAAGAAUCAUAGAACAAUGGGAUGCUCUUAGAUUAUUCUUUAAUGAAAAAUGGUUGAGUGAAAAAUUAGCAUCAACUAGAAUUAUUUGUGAGCAACUUAAUGACCCAUUUACAAAUGCUUUUUAUCUAUUCAUGGAGUGGGUUUUGCCUAAAUUCACAUUACUAAAUAAAUAUUUUCAAUCUGAAAAAGUCAUAUCGGAUAAAUUACAUGAAAAAAUAAUGGCUGCUUAUAAAGAUUUGCUACUAUGUUUCAUGCAAAGCUCUUACAUUAUGCACACACCUCCAGAAGAAAUAAAUAUAACUGAUAGAAAAUAUUAUCUUCAAUCUAAGGAUAUAUAUUUAGGUGUUAAAGUGAUUAAUUUCAUCAGUAAACCGGAGAUUACCAAAAGACCAGAUCUGUUAUCCGAUUUUUAUGAGCGAUGUUCAAAUUUCCUUGUAGAAGGUUGUAUUCAAAUAAAAAAAAGGUAUGAUUUUUCGGAUAAAAUUCUACCUCACCUUUACAUCUUCAGUCCUACAAAUUCAUUGGCAUAUGCCACUCAUGAAAAAGUACCAUCACUU